UCGACGGGGCUUCCUCUUUGGUGACACAUAAAAAAAAAAGAAAAGCAUAAAAAAGCAGAGCCGGAUACGCAGAAGGCAAACCUGAAGAGCACCAGCAUGAGGAUUUCUGGCCAAUAAAGCUCUGGAUCUACCAUGUCUGGCCUAAUUCAAGCUUUCCCAGCGCAUUUCAGCAUGGACAGAGACGAUUGCAGGAGAAACAAGACCUUAGGAAAGAACCUCAUGUGCCGAUUAAAGUCAAUGUUCGCCGGUUCGUCCACUCCGGAGAGCAGGCUAAGUUUAGAAGACACCCAACAAUGGUCGCAGUCUCUGGAGCGACUCCUCGGGUCCAAAUAUGGCCUGGCAACUUUCCGCACCUUUCUGAAAUCAGAGUUUAGCGAUGAAAAUAUCGAAUUCUGGUUGACCUGCGAGGAUUAUAAGACGAUCACGUCGUCCCAUAAGAUGAGCUCAAAGGCCAGGAAGAUCUUUGAGCAGUUUGUUGAAGCAGAGUCUCCGAAAGAGAUAAACAUCGAUUAUCAGACCCGCGAGGAAAUCAAGAGGAAAAUGAAGAGUCCGACUGCGGAGUGUUUCGACGAGGCUCAAAAGAUCGUCUACGGACUGAUGGAGCGGGACUCUUACCCCAGAUUUCUACGAUCUGAAAUGUACAAAAGCCUCCUGGAGUCGAUUGCUGCAGACGAUGAAGCGGGAUGACUGUGUGGAUGUAUCAAAAAUACUGUACAAAAACUGGAACGGUCUGGUCUUCGGUCUCGUGGACGGGACCAGAACCACCAAAACUUGAGCCCCUUGAGACCCUAAUACAACCAAUAAGGAGACAGUAUGGAGCAAUGGUUGGAAACAUGCCAUUGAUAUCAAAGGAAAAUGAGAAGUCUGACCAGUUCCUCAAAUGAAGGUGCUUCCUGUGUAGAUAAAAGUCAGCUCUUCCGGUGGUUUCUAAAGCUACAUAUUUGGGCAAAACACUAUUGUCUUUUCCUGGCACUUCCAGAAGUUCUUCAAGAUCUGCUUUGCCGUGUGGCUGUUUUUGUAGCUCACAUAGUAGAGCAUGGCAUUUAUUAUGGCAAAAGUUGUGGGAUGGAUUCCCAGGGAAAGCAGGGAGUGAUCAAUUUUAUACCUUUACUUUAAAAAAUGCUGAGUUUUUCAAUCCAAUGCUGCAUCCUAAUUUGCAUACUUAUACUGUGUUCGUAAAGUAUGUACUGUAGAAUUUUUUGUGAUGAAAAAUAUAUACUUUUAAGUGUGUGUAACAGGAGAGUAUGCAAGAUUUGGGACAAACUACAUUCUCAUAAAUGGACCGUUAUGUUGCUUACAUUCUAAAAAAUGUAGGGUUCCACGUAACUCCUUCACGUCGCAAAUCAAUUAAUGAUUUUACAGUUUUAAGUUGAGUGAACAUAAAGCAAUUAAGCCGUCCCCAACAAAAACCUCAAGAAUUGUGUUGUUUCAGAUCAUUUUAUUUUGAACUUGACCUUUUUUACUUUCGUUUUCAGCUCUUAGUAGACUGAAGAAGCACCAAACAUAUUUUAUGAGUGUAGUUACAGUUGAAGUCAGAAUUAUUAGUCCCCUGUUUAUUUUAUUUUCCCAAUUUCUGUUUAACGGAGAGAAGAUUUUCUCAACACAUUUCUAAACAUGAUAGUUUUAAUAACUCAUUUCUAAUAACUGAUUUAUUUUAUCUUUGUCAUGAUGACAGUAAAUAAUAUUUGACUAGAUAUUUUUCAAGACACUUCUAUACAGCUUAAAGUGACAUUUAAAUGCUUAACUAGGUUAAUUAGGUUAACUAGGCAGGUUAGGGUAAUUAGGCAAGUUAUUGUAUAACAGUGGUUUGUUUUGUAGACUAUCGAAGAGAAUAUAGCUUAAAGGGGCUAAUAAUUUUGACCUUAAAAUGGUUUUAAAAAAAUGUAAAACUGCUUUUAUUCUAGCCGAAAUAAAACAAACAGGACUUUCUCCAGAAGAAAAAAUAUUAUCAGACAUACUGUGAAAAUUUCCUUGCUCUGUUAAACAUCUUUGGGAAAUAAUUAAAAAAGAAAAAAAAAUUAACAGGGGGGCUAAUAAUUCUGACUUUAACAGUACAUACCCUGUCAAUUAUUCAUUUAGAAACCAAUGACCAAACCUGUCUUUAUAAGUGUUCACAUUGUGGUUGCAGAUGAAGCAUAAUGCGGAAAACGUGAAAUGAAUAUUUUCCAGAGGAUUAUAUACUAAUGAACAGUCAUUUAAACAUAUUUAUCAAAUUGUAUUGUAGUUUGUUAACACUUUUUACCCGCGGUUGUAGUUUUAAUCGAGUUAACAUCUAUCUCUCAAUGUAUUGUUGGUAAUAUUAGCGGUUAGAGCAAAGCCAAUUGAAGGCAAGCCUGAAAUGAUUAGCCUCAAAUGCAUAAUGGCUUAUGCUAAAGUGGCCUCUCUGGCAGUAUGAGUAAAGGCGGGGUUUCCGUUGAGGUGCCUGCAGUGUUUGUGUUGUCAAGAUGACUACGGAGACUUUUGAAGAUGGAGGAGAGACUAGCGGUCGCUGUUUUGAGUUAUCCAGAGCUGUAUGACUCAUAAAUCUUGAAUUUUACAAUAUUAUUAACUAUUAAAAUUAUACCGAUAUCAACAGUAACACUCUUGCACAAUACCCACCUGAUUCAGUCGUUGGCUAGCGUUUUUCUUGUCAACAAAAAAGGCAGUGAGCUGCGCCUUGCGUUUUUGGAACAUAAAAGCACGUUCUGUGUUAUCGGCCCCUAAAAGCCAUAAUGUGAUUGGCUAAGAUGUGAUUUAGGUGACGAAGUUAGCAAUACACAUAUACCAAUGGUAGGUAAUACCAAUGCUAUCUCAUGGCAACUCGUAACUUUUUGAUUUAGUGGCUAAUUCGUAUGAAUUCGUACAGUCUCAUUUAUACAAUUUAGUACCAUUUGCUUAUCCCCCAAUGACGGUUGGGUUUAGGGGUGAGUUUGGGUGCUGCGCCUCCUAAAAAAAUGUUACAUUUUCGUGAGAUUGAAUUAAAACGAAUUCAUACGAAUUAGCCACUAAACUGACAAAACGUAAAAUACUUACAUUUUCUCGUGAGAUCAGGCUGGUAAUACAGAUGUUUUUUGUUUUUUUUUUAUUUUCAUCUCACCCAUUGUAAGAAAGUCUCUGAUCUCCACUUCGAAUUUAUACAGGACAUAGAAUAACAAUGGCAUGCUUAUUUCAACAUACUAUGAUUUGGGACAUUUUUGAAUACAGUUUAGGAUGAAUAUAUGCAAAUUGGGAUGCAGCACAUCUUUGGACAUAUAUGGACACAUCCAAAUGCUGGAUUCAAUUUCAGCUCAAUAACUGGGUUUGUCUAUAUUUGUCUAUAACAACUAAAUAUAAGUCACUUUGGAGAAAAAGACACCAGCCAAAUGCAUAAAAGCCAUGUACUACAAGUUACAAAAAAGCUACUCCAGCUUGUUGGUUGAGGUGGUUUGGACACUUUGAGAAAGGAAGUUGGCAUAUCCUAUUUCAACACUUAUUGCCACACAGAUGUAUAAAGAAAGUGUGACGUAAUGACCCGCUAGAAGGUCAAGUUGAAAAGACAAAUAAAGAAGUACACUGUAAAUCAUGCUGGCUACCAAAUUUGGAAAAACAUGGUCAAAGUCAAGUGUUGUGAAAAAAUAUAGAACCCAAUUGUUAAAUCUGUCCAUAUUUUACUAAAUUUGUGUAAAAAAAAAAACAAAAACAAGCAUUUGUUUUGGAUUGUACAGCUGUAGCAUGUGUCCCACACACAAAAAACUGUAGGCAUUACUUUGAAUGUUAUUACAUUUAAUUUAAAUUUGUACUAUUUAUUAGCCACAGCCACUGGUUGGAUGUUGACAUUUUGCUGUCCACUGUCAGUUUUUGAGGACAAAAAAAUAAAGAUUAGGCACUUUUGACUCA